UGAUGACGAUUUACGUGCAGUGCGCACGUGACCGUUCACCUGAGCCCAACCUGUUUAUCUCCGCUGCUGCUCUGACGCGUUGCUCAAGGAUAAAUUCAAAUCCCCACAGUUUACACUGAAAGCUCGACUUUUCGCUGGUGUCGCAGAGUAAACGCUUCAGGCUACCAAAGUAUUUCGUUGGCUUGUGGACAGGGACGUCUCAACGGGACAAAGCUGCUUCCACCUUCCCGGCAUUAAGAUGAACAUUUCCUUCGAUGACAUGGAUCCAUCGGCCGAAAAUAAUUCUGUUCUCCACCUGGAUGCACCAAUUCUCCCGGACAAGUCAGACAUCUCCAACAUGACGAUUAUUCGAACGAGCAAUGGGUCUCUCGUGGAGGACCAGAUGUUUUUAAAUACUGUCGCUGCUAGGGCCCUGUCAGGGAUCUUUGUCUGGUCUGCCUUGCUCAUAACGUGCCACCAGAUCUAUACGCACCUUCGAUCCUACACCGUCCCCAAUGAGCAGCGCUACAUCAUCCGCAUCCUGUUUAUCGUGCCAGUUUAUGCCUUCGAUUCUUGGCUCAGCCUGCUCUUCAUCAGCAACGACCAGUACUACGUAUACUUUGAUUCUGUUCGAGACUGCUAUGAAGCAUUUGUCAUUUACAAUUUCCUGAGCCUGUCCUUUGAGUAUCUGGGAGGAGAGAGUGCAAUCAUGUCAGAGAUUCGAGGGAAGCCCAUACAGUCAAGUUGCCUGUAUGGUACCUGCUGCCUCGUGGGAAUGAGCUACUCCAUCGGAUUUUUAAGAUUCUGCAAACAGGCGACUCUGCAGUUCUGCGUUGUCAAACCCAUCAUGGCAGCCAUCACCAUCAUCCUGCAGGCCUAUGGCAAAUAUCAUGAUGGAGAUUUUAACAUCAAUGGAGGAUAUCUAUACAUCACAAUCAUCUACAACUUCUCAGUCAGCCUGGCUCUCUACGCUCUCUUCCUCUUCUUCUUCGCAACAAGUGACCUGCUCAGGCCAUACGAACCAGUGCUCAAAUUCCUCACAAUCAAAUCUGUCAUCUUCUUAUCCUUCUGGCAAGGAAUGGUCCUCGCCAUCCUGGAGCGCUGUGGCGUCAUACCCAACGCACUCUUCAUCGAUGGAGAAGAGGUUGGCGCUGGCACGGUGGCAGCAGGCUGGCAGAACUUUAUCAUCUGCAUCGAAAUGUUCUUUGCAGCUAUUGCCCUCCGAUACGCCUUCACCUGCACCGUCUACCAGGAGAAAAAAAAUGAAGUGCCAGAGAACAUCCCUCCCAUGCAGAGCAUCUCCAGCGGUCUGAAGGAGACCAUAAACCCAGGAGACAUGGUACAGGAUGCCAUCCACAACUUCUCCCCGGCCUACCAGCAGUACACCCAGCAGUCCACACAGGAGGUCGUCCAGCCCAGCAUGAAUGGAAAAGUGGCCAUGGGCAACAAGAGCUCCCGCAAGUCUGAUAAAAUCAUGCUGAUUACUUCUGAUGAUGAGUUCUAGGCAUUUUUCCAGCAAGAUCCACGUGUUUGUGUCCUUGCCACCCCAAUCUCUGACCCCCUGUGGAAACAGCUGUAUCGCUUAUCGCACAGGGCUGGAUCAAAUCCAGGCGUUUCACUCUUAUGAUGCCAGUAUUGAGGUUGGACUGCUUGCUUGUGUCUUGUUUUAAUGAAUGAUUUAAGCACCGAGGGCAGGAUGAAGUUCAUAAUAGUUUUUAGAACUGAUAGCACGAUGACAAGAGAACUGAUCUGACUCCAUCUCGGCAGUGACAAUCACGAAAACAGACCACUCGCACUGUGUCGCAGAAGUCUGCAGCUAUGCAUUUUCUGUAAAUCAAGCUGCCUGUUCUUCAGCAGUGUCCCUGAUCCUGAAUCUGUUUCUGUCAUUAUGUCAGCACUUGGUUUCUGAAGUGUGUUCCCUCUAAUUUAUGCGAGUUUCAAAGAGGAGAUGAUUAAUAUGUGACUUCAGGUGGGUAGCAGGGAAGUCAGCGAUGACUGCGAAUGACACUGCAUGGACCAUCUCUCGCAUCUGCUUGUUUGAAGUAUUUGCUGAGCAUUCCUCUGCGUGGUUUCCUGACAAAUGGAAAGACUCGUUCAAAGACGCAUUCGUUUUGGAGCAGGCACUUCAAACUGCAGACUAUAGCACUUCGCAGUCCUUUGUAUCUACUGUAGUAUGGACAAAUUGGAUAAACCUGUCUCCUGCAAAGUGGGAGUUGUGUCAUUCUCAUUAAUUUUCACAGCACGCUAAAGAGCACAAUUCAGUGCAACUAGACAGCCAUUCGGCACACGCUAACAAUUAGUCUUUUGCAGCUCCUGCACCAUUGUGAAUGCUUUUGACAGAAUCUUUUCAUGUUUGGUGUGUUCACUUUACCUUUUCAUGUUAUAAUUCCAUGUUCCAGGGAUUAUUGAAAUAUGUACAUAAUUUGAUUGGUAUAAAUCGUGGUGGUUUAAUAUGUUCCAUGUUUAAUGUUUGGAUUAGAAAUUGGGAAGAUCUUAAUUUAUAGUUUUUGAUGUGUGUAGUUCAGGCGACGUCAGACCAAACAAAUAUCUGUGUGGCAAAAAUUAGUUCCUUCUCCCACUCCCACUGUUGACAUUAGAAAUAUCAUCAUCUGUGUUUAUGUCGCAUGGGAGACCUAUAACCUUCUAAAUUCAUUAGUUAUUGGGGACCAAUUUUGUAUAUCAAGUCAUAUAGGAUUAUUUAAUUUUGAUACACUCUUGUGCCAAUGGUAGCUGUCUUUCUGGGAAAGCAGAAAUUAAUUUACAAAGUAACAUUUGAAAAUAUACCAGAUAGUUGGCAGGUGCGUUUUAGUCCUGUGUGGCUGUUUGCUUGUGUUAACUCAGUAAAGCUGCACUUCUUAAUGAGGAAAAAGCUUUAUUUGAAAGUACAAAAACAGACACAGCAGACCUAUUUAUAAGAAUAAUUUACCAUACUUUAAAUCAGAGCAGAAACAAAUACGGAUUUCAUUUGUACAUGAGGGUAGUUCAUUGAGAAAACAUGUAAAUAAACGAAUGUAAAAUAAAAAUAA